AUGGUUGUGGAUGAUACUGAGAAACAGUUGCCACCGCGCGACAACACCAGGGCCAUUCUCGAGACGGGCAAUGUCUCUGAAGAGAGCGGCCAACUGGCACGGAAGCUCACCCCUCGCCAAGUCCAGAUGAUCUCCAUCGGAGGCACGGUAGGGACAGGAUUGUACCUGGGAACUGGCCGGGCGUUGGCGACAGGAGGGCCUGCUUCCAUGCUUCUUGCCUACAGUGUGUGCGGGGGUUUGGUCUUUCUCACCAUGCUAAGUCUAGGUGAGAUGGUGGCUUUCAUGCCUGUGGCAGGGUCGUUCUGUACUUAUGCAGGACAGUUCGUGGACGAUGCAUUCGGUUUUGCAUUAACAUGGAACUACUGGGCCAAUGAUGCCAUUUCUACGGCUUCGGAUCUCGUGGCAUUGCAGGUAUUGCUAGCUUACUGGGCAGAGCAUUUUCCGGGAUGGGGCCUCAGUCUGAUAUGUCUUGCACUGGUCAUUGGCCUGAAUCUAUGCUCUGUCAGGAUAUUUGGAGAAGCUGAAUAUUGGCUGUCAUUACUCAAAGUUAUGACGAUCAUCGUUUUCAUUAUUGUUGGAAUUGUGGUGAACUGUGGGGUGAACCCCCAGCACGCGUAUCUUGGUGCCAAAUACUUUUACAUGGGCGAUGCCCCCUUUGUAGGAGGAAUCGGCGGCUUUGCUUCGGUUUUUGUGACUGCCUCGUUCGCAUAUGGAGGGACGGAGAAUGUCGCAGUCACCGCGGGCGAAACGCGCAAUCCAUCGCAGACCUACCCGCGAGUCAUCCGUAACGUCUUCUGGCGAAUCCUUCUCUUCUACAUUGUCUCCAUCGUCAUCAUAAGCCUCGACGUCCCCUAUAACCAUGCCGGUCUCUCCAGCGAAAGCACAGCGACCAGCCCCUUCACAUUGGUCUUUGCCUCAGCCGGCAGCACCAUCGCCAGCAGCUUCAUCAACUCCGUCAUCAUGACCAGCGCUCUCUCCGCCGCCAAUCAUGCCCUCUUCGCGGGCUCGCGCCUUCUCUACACCCUGGCUCUCUCCGGCCACCUUCCCGGCUUCCUGCGCACAAGCAUGACCCGUAUCAACCGCUUUCACGUGCCCUGGGUCGCGGUGGUGGUCACAGCGAUUGUCAGCACUCUCUGCUUUGGGGCCAGCAAGCUGGGCGCCGGGCAGCUCUGGUCGUGGCUGCAGAAUCUGGUCGGGGUGUCGAAUCAGCUGUCUUGGACGGCGAUCUGCCUGACCUCGUUACGAUUCCGGGCUGCGGUGCGUCGUCAGAACGUGGAGCAUCUGCUUCCGUUUCGGAAUGUCACCUAUCCCUGGGGUCCUGCGGUCGCUGUCGUAGGGAAUCUGUUUCUGGUGUUGGUGCAGGGGUGGUCGUGCUUCUCGCCCAAGUUUGACGGUGUUCAGUUUGUUGCUUACUAUCUGGAGAUCCCUGUCAUGCUGGUUCUGUUCGUUGGGUGGAAGAUCUAUCGGAGGACGCGGUUGGUGUCAUUGGAGGAGAUGGACUUGGUGACAGGUCGAUGUCAACCGGAGGAUGCGGGGGAAGAUAAUCCCGCUUCUGUGCAGACAGGGUCGCCGCUGGAAGUCGAUGCGUGGCAUCGUCGCGGACAAACUUGGUUGGAAGGGUUCAAAAGAGUUGGUCACUGGAUUGUAUGA